GGUAUUUGACUGACCCCUUCUUCGUAAAUGACAGCCAUCUCCCAAUCACUAUACGGAAAGGUGUCUAUUAUUUACGAAGCGGGACUGAUCGAAUUUGGGUCCCAAGUUAUCGUCUACUUCGCGAAUUACUAAUUCAAGAAGUCCACGAUUCGAAUUUAUCGGGACAUUUCGGGGUUGACAAAACUCUGAAGGCGUUGCAGCGGUUUUAUUACUGGCCAGAUAUGGUGACGGACGUACAGCGCUACGUGGCCGCGUGUCCGAUCUGCCAGCGAAUGAAGUCAUCACACCAGCGACCUACAGGACUGUUGCAGCCCCUCGAGCCACCUCAACAGACAGCGCGCCUGUUCAUCUCGACCGUUGUUCGUCUACACGGGAUACCAGCAGCAAUCAUUAGCGAUCGAGAUCCGAAGUUCACGUCAAAAUUCUGGCAGGACACGUGGGCUCGGUACGGCACGCGUCUACAGUUUUCAUCCGUGUAUCAUCCCCAAACGGACGGCCAGACGGAAAGGACAAAUCAAACGAUGGAGCAGCUGAUUCGGACAAACUGCCCCGACCGGAAAAAAUGGGAGGACGUGCUGCCCAUGCUGGAAUUUUCCUACAACAACGCGCCCUCCGCUACGACUAAUCACUCCCCGUUUUAUCUCAAUUACGGGAUGGACCCUACAGUACCAGUCUCCACCAACGUUGAGAGUCAAGUACCACGAUCACAGCAGUUCGUCGAAGAAUUACAGACUGCCCGAGACAAAGCUGUCGAACUUAUCCGCAAGGCGAACGCUACUGCCCGACGGUAUGCGGAUUUACAUCGACGAGAUAUUACCAUGGCAGCCGGGCAACUAGUCCUUUUGGACACCAAGAAUUUACGCCUGCCACUACCGACGAAAUUACGACCACGUUUCUGUGGCCCAUUCAAUAUCAUGAAGAUGCUCAGCCCCAUGGAGCAAGCCGACAUGAAGAAACAGAUCGAGUAUCUCCUCGCAAAAGGACUCAUCCGACCAUCCACUUCGCCAUACGGUGCCCCAGUACUCUUCACACCAAAACCAGACGGAAGCCUCCGCAUGUGCAUCGAUUACCGAGCUCUCAACAAGCAGACCAUCAAGAACAAAAACUCAAUUCCACGAAUCGAUGACCUGCUUGACCAGCUUCGGGGAGCCACGGUAUUUUCCAAACUGGAUCUGCGGUCUGGAUACUGGCAGAUACGAAUGGCGGACAAUUCCAUCCACAAAGCUGCCUUCCGAACUCGGUACGUGUCGUACGAUUAUCUGGUAAUGCCGUUCGGAAUCACCAACGCACUGGCAACGUUCCAAGCCGAAAUGAACCACAUUCUAUGCCCACUCUUGGACGAAUGUGUGGUGGUGUAUUUGGAAAACAUCCUCAUCUACUCGCCCGACAUGCAGCAGCACGUCCAACACCUGCGACGCGUCUUCGACAUUCUUCGACGAGAACGAUUCUACGUCAAAUUAUCCAAGAGCGAAUUCGCCCUCGAGAAAAAAUUCGUCACCUCGUGUGCUACAUGUCAGCGGAUGAAGAGCAACAAGCAGAAAAAGGCAGGACUGCUCCAGCCUCUUCUUGUCCCAAAACAGCCAUGGCAAGUGGUUAGCUUGGAUUUCAUAAUCGGGUUACCAACUACCACAAGCGGUCAUGACACAAUCCUCGUCGUCAUCGACAAAUUCUCCAAAAUGGGACACUUCAUCUCGACACACACAACAGCACGCACCAAAGAGACUGCACAACUAUUCCUUCACUACAUCAUCUCACAACAUGGCAUUCCAACCACACUCAUCUUCGACCGAGACCCCAAGUUCACCAGCAAGUUCUGGAAGGAACUCAUGUCUCUGCUUGGGACAAAACUCGCCAUGUCAUCCGCCUACCAUCCGCAGACAGAUGGACAGACCAAGCGCCUCAACCAAAUUGUAGAGCAACUCCUCCGCGCAGCAGGCAAAGAUGAAAUCUCUAAAUGGGACUUGCAUCUGCCCGUCCUGGAAUUUGCCUACAACAACGCCACUCUCGCCAUAAAAACCGACAACAUCAGCCACAAGAAAGCCUCGGAACCUCCAGAAAAAAUCAAGGAAUUACUGAAGGAGUUCCAAGACAUUCUUCCUGACGAUCUUCCGAACGAGCUACCGCCAUACCGAACGCAUCAACACGAGAUCGUGGAGGAACCGGGUUCGAAGCCGACCUUCCGAGCACCAUACCGGCUCAGCCCUACGGAGCUGACUGACAUGAAAAAACAGAUCGAGUAUCUCCUAGCCAAAGGACUCAUCCGACCAUCCACUCCGCCGUACGGUGCCCCAGUACUCUUCACACCGAAACCGGAUGGAAGCCUGCGCAUGUGUAUCGACUACCGAGCUCUUAACAAGCAGACCAUCAAGAAUAAAUAUCCGAUACCGCGAAUCGAUGACCUGCUUGACCAGCUUCGGGGAGCUACGGUAUUUUCCAAACUGGAUCUGCGGUCCGGAUACUGGCAGAUACGGAUGGCGGACAACUCUAUCCACAAAACUGCUUUCCGAACUCGGUACGGAUCGUACGAGUAUUUGGUAAUGCCGUUCGGACUCACCAACGCACCGGCAAUGUUUCAAGCCGAAAUGAACCAUAUUCUACGACCACUUUUGGACGAAUGCGUGGUGGCGUACCUGGACGACAUCCUCAUCUACUCGCGCGACAUGAAGCAGCACGUCGAACACCUGCGACGCGUCUUCGAAAUUCUUCGACGGGAACGAUUCUACGUCAAACUGUCCAAGAGCGAAUUCGCCCUUGAAAAGGUCCAGUUCCUAGGACACAUGGUGAGCACUCAAGGAGUUCACGUCGACCCCAAGAAAAUCGAAGCCGUACGCACAUGGAAGACACCCGAGAACGUGAAGGAGUUGCAGCAGUUCCUAGGCUUCGCUAAUUAUUACGACAGGUUCGUGUCACAGUAUGCGAAAACCACUCACGAAUCUGCUGAAGAAGAACACGCCCUAUAAAUGGGAUCCAAUGCACCAGGAAGA